CUCCCCGGGCCUGCACCAUGCCUUCGGAGAAGACCUUCAAGCAGCGCCGCACCUUCGAGCAGAGAGUGGAAGACGUGCGCACGCUCAUCCGGGAGCAGCACCCCACCAAGAUCCCGGUGAUAACAGAGCGGUCCAAGGGCGAGAAGCAGCUGCCGGUCCUGGACAAAACCAAGUUCCUGGUGCCAGACCACGUGAACAUGAGCGAGCUCAUCAAGAUCAUCAGAAGGCGUCUUCAGCUCAACGCCAACCAGGCCUUCUUCCUCUUGGUGAAUGGACACAGCCUGGUGAGCGUGUCCACGCCCAUCUCGGAGGUGUACGAGAGCGAGAAGGACCAGGACGGCUUCCUGGACAUGGUGUACGCCUCCCAGGAGACCUUCAGAACCAAGCUGCCUGUGUAGGACUACAACAGCCUUCUCCAGGUUAACCCUUGUCGAGGAAGAAAAGGGAUAUUCCCCAUGCGAUUGG